UGUAAAUCUGGGCUAGUACACUACUUAACAAUAAGACAUUGUUCAAAAUGAAUCUAAAAACACCUCUUUUACAUUAAAUAGUAGGUAGUUUAUUUAUCUUUUAGGAACAUAGGUUAUAAGGAACUAACCAGAGAAACAUGGGGAAUUUUCCAGUAGCAGAUUCUAGGGACAUCCCAUCUCAUCACUACAUUGGGAAAAGUGCUGGAUCUAAUGCAGUGGGAAUCUAUGCACCAAUGAUACCAACAUAUGCAGGAAAACAUACAUUAAACCACAGCUUUAUUAUGCCUGGUGAAAGUGGUUCAUCAGGAGGAUUUCAGGACGAUUUAAAUAAAGGAGGAAUUAACAAAGAUCUGAAAACAAAUGGCUUGAGUGAGAGUGGAAUAACUUUUGGCGAUCCAUUUCAGGGCUCUGAGGGAAGUGCCAAAAGUCAAGCCACAUAUAAAAAAGAAGUAAUAAAUAACCUAAAUACAAGACUGAAAAACCAAUCAGAAAACUCGACUGGGGAACAUGAUAUAAAUAAUAACAACAAUGAUAAGUUUAUGGAUGGCAAGACAAAUUCCACAAAAGAUAAUAUUUUGAAUAACGAAGCAUUUGUUGAAUUUAGAAAAGAUUGGACAUCGUCAAAAUCAGGUCCCAGUUACGAAAUUGUGGAUAAACAAACAGAUGGAUCAGAUAAAAUUGAAGGGACUGGAGCCACACCUAAUGACAAUCAGUAUUUGAGUAUUGAUGAGUCUGGGUAUCGCCUGGGACAGAGACAGUUUAGUGAAGGACACAAGGAUGGUUUAUCCUCCAAUCUGGUGCGAGGACUUGACCAUCUGAAGGACGCUCAACUCAACAAAGACUUGGCCUUCACACUGAGGGAACGACAGACGCUGGGAAUCCAUGGACUUCUACCUCCUCGCAUUCAUUCACAAGAGGAACAGUUGAACUUGUGUCGACUCAACAUUGAAAGGUACAAGGACAAUCUCGACAAAUACGUAUAUCUCAUGGAUUUACAGGACAGAAAUGAAAAACUGUUCUAUCGUUUUCUCUCAGAAAAUGUAGAAACAUUGAUGCCAGUAGUUUAUACUCCCACAGUUGGUUUGGCAUGCCAGAAAUACGGCUUGAUCUACCGUCGGCCAAAAGGACUCUACAUAUCGAUUCAUGAUAAAGGCCACAUUUACGAUGUUUUGAAAAACUGGCCAGAAUCAGAUGUCAGAGCGAUUGUUGUGACCGACGGAGAGCGUAUUUUGGGCUUAGGAGAUUUAGGAGCUUACGGAAUGGGGAUUCCAGUCGGAAAGCUUGCUUUGUACACUGCGCUUGCGGGUAUAAAACCACAACAUUGUCUCCCCAUAACAUUGGACGUUGGAACAAACACCCAAGACAUACUAGAUGAUCCUCUGUACAUUGGACUUAGACAGAAGAGGAUUACAGGGAAACUAUACGAUGAUUUCGUAGACGAAUUCAUGCGAGCUGUUGUUCGCCGUUAUGGUCAAAGCACUCUUAUACAGUUUGAAGACUUUGCCAACACAAAUUCCUUCAGGCUUUUGGACACAUACAGGGACAAAUAUUGCACAUUCAAUGACGAUAUCCAGGGAACCGUAGCUCCGCCGGCCAGACUUCCGAUGGCAGACAGUCCGGCAAAUAAUGGCAACAGGAACGGUAACGCUCCUCCAGAUUUGGGUAUGGGUAUGAUUCUAGGUUUUUUUAUUUGA